AUGCUGCUGAAUGCGAAGAUGCCACGAGGGGAUGGCAGAAUGCAAGGCAACCCAGGAAGGGGCUGGCCUAUCCCUUCUGUGUGGGAGAGCAGCGAGGCAAGUGAGCUGGAGCAAGAAGAGGAGAGGUUCUAUCCCAACAGCCGAACAGGAGACUCGAGGACAAAGACAACAAGAGGAGGUCGAGGUGGAGGAUCGCCUCCUCUCACCUUCUCCAACUCAUUUGGGAUCCCCGAGGUUCAGCUUGACCGGCUGCCGUCAUUCAGCUACACCUCCAAGAGCGAGGCUAGCAGCAAGCAGGAGCAGGAGAGUUCGGCAGCGAGUAGAAGGGACUUGGUGUGGGAGGAGGGAGCACGAGGGUAUCUGAUGCCGGUACCGAUCAAGGUUAUGAUCUUCAUCGAUGGGACAUGGCUCUUCUACAGCUUCUUCAGCAGAGGUCAGAGCCGUUGCCCCUUCAUCAAGAAGUUCGGAACCAACUGGAUAGAAGACUUCUCCAUCGACUGGGCGGAGCUCCAGGCCUUCAUCCGAGAGACCUUGCAGCGUCAUCUGCCUGGUCGCUUCGUGGACGUAAUGCGCGUUAUCGUCUUCGGCUCGGUCCGCAGCGGCACCCACCCGUCGAGCCUUCGCGUCCGCAUGUUCCAGGAGAUGGAUAGGAGCAACUUUGAAGUUCACCUGCUCACACACACAGGAGGACAAGAGAAGUGCGUCGACAUCAGUCUCGCGGUGGAUAUGAUGCAUUAUGCUUCACUUCAGGAUGGGUACGAUGCCUGCGUGCUGAUGACAGGCGACAAGGACUUCAUGCCCGCCAUGUCGAGAGUCAAACAGAAAGGGAAAAGAGUUUUUCUUGCAUCGAUGCGCAACAGCUGCAAUCGCGAUCUCCUAGAUCGCAGCUCGCAUGUUUACGACUUCGAGCCGAUCUUCAUCGACGACGCCAUUGACAGGAUCACCGUUCGUCGCAAACAGAAGGACAGCGUGAUUGAGCUAGGUCACAUCCAGCAGAGCUUGUCUCAGCUGGUCGUGAAUUUCCUUGCGGACAACGGGGGGCGGCAGACCAUGCGAGACGUUGGGCGACAUCUGCAAGCCAACACGAUCGACGGGAGCAAUGCGCUCGAGUUGUUGAGGUAUCACUACCAGAAUCUAAGGAGCUUCCUCGACGAGUCGCCAGAGCUGUUCUUCAUCAAUGGGGCUAACCUGGAGUUGCUGGACAAGAACGGCGAUCACGAUCGAUACAACUACAUCUCAGAAGAGGAUAUGGACAAGACGAGCGACAUGGAGGAGAGCAAGAAAACUUCUGUUGACAUGCCAGAGGAGUUUGAGGCCUUCUCCGAGCCUUUCGACAACAAGUUGGAGGCAUACGAGAUUGAGCAGGAGGGGAAGCAACAUGGAGCAUCGUCGAGCGAGAGCUCACUGGACUUCAGUCAGCUGGAAGUGGAGACAGUGAAGGUUGAUCCGCAGCUUCCUGCUCCUGCUCCUGCUCACAAGAGCGAGUCGCUCAAGUUUGUGGUCCAUCCGAGCAUCGUCGGAGACCUCAAGGUCAUUCAGCUCAAGGAGAUUCUCAAGGAGUACAAGUGA